GUCUGUUUAUGCUUAUAAAUUGGGCGUCUAGAUGACGUUAUGUACUUGCGUCUGUCCUGGUGCUAUCUAGAAACGACGGCGUGAUACAAAUACUAGUUUUGUGUAAAGUUUGUUGCGGUUUGGGAAAACUCAGGGUUAGGGUUAGACAAGACCCCGAAUCUGGCUCGCUUUGAGUUACACUGAAAUAAAGCAGAAAUUUAGUAAAAAUUGCAACUCAGAUAAAAUUUAACCGUUUCGAUAUUCGUUCAGUGAUAACCUCAAUCAAAACCUACGCACUCGGAUGAAUUAGUGCAGGUGAACCAGAUCUUUCCUUAAGGAGGAAAAGUACAGUUUACAACUAACGAACAAUUUGUACAUUAGUUUUGCUAAUACUUUCUCAUUUAGUUAAACAUUAAGAUUACUCAGUUGAUUUGUUCAGUAUUAUUAUAUGGUAUCCGUAAAAUCUUCCACCUCUUGCAAAAGGAAUAUUGCUUAAUAUGUUAAUUUUAUAAAACCUGUUUGACGAAUGCUGCUUUCAAAUUCUUCCUUCUUCUUCCAUGUGGCAGGCUCUCUCAGUCGAGUACCAUCGAGGCGUCCUGUAUUAAUCUUCACAAAGAGCUUUACUCGGGUUAUGUGAUGUAUGCCAAUUAUAGUGUCUACAAAACCCUUAAUGACAUCGAAAACACAUACAGUUCAUCGCCCCUUGAUGAUAGUGACUUGCCUGUGGCUUACAAGUAUUUUAAAGUUAUUAUCCGCUUGUACCCCGUCGGAGUGGUUUUUGGAGGCAUCUCGAUGCUGGCAAAUGCUCUACUGCUGUGGUCUUACGAUUCGAGAAACCCGUAUCUGGCUUUCCCUUACUUGAUCUGGAACAUUUUUAUGCUUCUUUACACUUUCGGACUCACGAUCUUUCUCGUUGUAAUUUGGAACGGGAUCCAGUAUCACUUUGUGGUGUAUACUCUAUAUUGGCUCUUAUCGAUCUACCUCAUCAUCGUGGUGUACUCGUACAUCCAAACCCUUCGUGAAGAUCCGUCAGCAUUUGAUAUUGUAAUCGACCCUAACGUUGUCGUGAUGCAGCCUGCACCGUAUGCAAAGUUUCCUUGAAGUUCCGGGUGAAUGGAACUGUCGACAGACUCGACAAGGCAACACGUCCAGCUGUUUUCUUGGGGGGUUGUAUAAUGUUUUAGCAUACUGCAUGCAUAGUUUGCUGAAGUAGACUCUUACUCGUUCCCAGGCGCCAAGAGCGCGACGAAAACAGCGGGGUUAGGAAAAGCGACGCCUGGGAACGAAUCAAGAAGAACAUUAAUGUUAAGAACUAACGAAGUUGUGCGCAAUUUAUAUGUAAGCAUCCAUUGUUGCAGAUGUAGAAUAAUACAAUAAAAAGCACAUUGAGGAAA